AUGUCAUCGUUAAAAAAAUGCGAUGACGAAUUCGAAUUAUUGAAGUCCGAUCUACGUCAAAUCGAUCUCUACAGGGAUACUCCAAUAAGGUAUUUAGGUUAUGCUAAUGAAAUUGGAGAAGCAUUCCGGUCGAUGCUUCCAGUUAAUGCCGUACGAGCAACAUACGUCGUAGCUUUAGGAUAUGCCUGCGCAGAUGCUCUCGAUAAAAGUAAUAAGGCAUACAAGAAUUAA